ACCCAAACAAAACCAAAAUGAAUAUUUCUUUGACUGAGCAUUAGUGUGUAUGUGGUGGCACGUGACACAGCAGCGGCGGAGUAACCGGAAACAGUAAAAUACACAACUGAUGACGAUCUGACUCCACCUCAUGAUGCCGUUUAGCAACAGAUGAGCGACGCUGCAUGUUCAUUUUGUGCAGCCGCGGUCCGGCGUCGCUUUCGCGGGAGUGCACUGAAGGAGUGCCCUUUAGUUGUGUAAUGUUUGCCGUGCUCGCGGCGCGUCCCUUCUCCUUUCUAGCUCCGUAGCUCCUUCCUCCUUCCUCCGAACACCGAGUGCUGUUCCUGGCUGUCCGGGCUCUCGUCGCUAUGGAUGUGCUGUGGAUGGUGCCUCUGCUGCUGCUCCCACUCCUGAUGUGGACAAGCAGCACCUUUGUUUUCUAUUUCAAAAAGUUCUUCUACGUGGCCUGGAUGAUGGUCUUGGCCCUGGUGGGGAUUCCCUUCUGCUUGCUGAAAAGCGGAGGCAGAGACAUUGAAAACAUGAGGGUCAUUCGUUUCCUGGUUCGACAUGUCAAAUAUUUGCUGGGUCUUCGAAUUGAAGUGAGCGGUUGGGAACAUCUGCAGACAGAAGGUCCAUAUGUCAUCAUCUCCAACCACCAGAGCUCUUUGGAUGUUUUGGGCCUAAUGGAGAUCUUACCCGACCGCUGCACCACAAUUGCAAAGAAGGAGUUGGUUUAUGCUGGCACAGUGGGCCUCAUCUGCUGGCUGGGUGGCAUCGUCUUCAUCAACCGCAAGAAGACGAGCGAUGCCAAGAGCGUCAUGGCUGAGGCCGCCAAAACCAUGCUUGAUGAGCAGAUUCGGCUGUGGGUGUUCCCAGAGGGAACACGCAACCAGAAUGGUGACCUGCUGCCCUUCAAAAAGGGAGCUUUUCACCUGGCAGUGCAGGCACAAGUUCCCAUCAUACCGGUAGUUUUCUCCUCCUACGGCAACUUCUACCUUCGGAAAGAAAAGCAGUUCAAAUCAGGAACCAUCAAGCUAAAAAUCCUCCCAAAGAUCGAGACAAAGGGGAUGACGGCCGACGACGUGGCGUCUUUGUCAGAUAAAUCCUUCGACCUGAUGCGCACCGCCUUCUUGGAAGUCUCUGACUCUGUCAUCAAAAGUAACGGGCCCCUGAGGCACUGAGUGUUUGCUGUGUUCUAGCUUCUCCUCCUCGCCCCUCCCAGACCCCAUGCUAUCUCCAGGUUGUCCUGUUACCUGGCCAGGAAGCAACACGAGAUGGGUUUCCUCUCGUCUAGUUGACACCUGGUCCGGUCCGCCUCCGGCCCGACCACGCAGCACAGCCAGUCCCGACCCUCAGCGCUGCACUGCACGCCCCGAGUGGAGUGACGGACGGCAAGCCGAACAGCAUGGAUGUGUGUUGCUCAUGCAUGCCUUUUGGAUGGCUUUGUCCACCGUAUGGUUGCUUUAUACUCUGGCUUUGGAAAGCCUGACGUUGUUAUCGUCCUGCUUUACGACACAUUUGUGUUAUUUUGGCCUUUUUUUUUUCUCCUCUUUUUGUCUCGAUCUGCCUUCUGUUUACCUGAUAAACUUUGAACUUUCACUUCUCUGUUCAAAAGAAAUCUUUUUUUUUUCUAAUGCCUUACUUUAGUUAUCUGUACCUGCCAACAUCUUCUGCUUUUUGAUGUUCCGUUUUUCUGAGUUCCAGUCUUUUUGCCUCAAAGCGAACGUAGAGGCGCCUCGUUGAGCUUCGGACGGCGUGGAGUCGACUUGGACCCUUGUUGACGUGAACAUUUUUUGUUCUGUCACUAUGAAUUCAGCUCCAACUCCGUGAGAAAUAGAUAUUUUAUGAUGUCAGAAAGUAAGGAACGCAAGUGUUAACAAUCACACCCCGUCUGUGUGUUGUUGUGUUAAGGUGCAUCUUUAUUUCCCUGUUUUCUUUAAAAAACAAGAAAGAAAGGAAUCAGCAGCUAGACUCCUCUCACUUGGAUUAUUUAUUUUCCAUAGGAUGCUGUUUUUUAUGCUCUUUAGGUUGCUUUUGUUCCACAGAAUAAGAUGUCACAACAAAAGGCGACACCUGUGAAAGCUACCUGCUGUGCCAAGAUGUCGACCCCCUGAGAUGUUUCCAAUGCCUAAUUGGUCACUGACUGACUGUUUUGUCUUUACUAAUGAUAUAUAUAACUCAUUAUUAUGAGGCUGAUCUUGCUCUAUAUUAUUAGGGAGCUUACGAAAUACACAACUCGCUUAAUAUGAUGUACAUUUAUACCUGAAACGGGUUUAAUAAUAACUUCAGAUUGAUUUUUGCGUGGCUUAGAAAGCGUUUGAUGUAUUUGAAAGGAUUUAAGUUCAACUUUAACCUCUGUAAAGAAAAUGAUGGCUGUUUUUUAUGUGAACAUUUCUGGCCUUAAGUUUGAUCAUUCGUAGCACUUUUGGAAUAUUCAACAUGUUUGCAUAAAAUCGAUUUGUGUGAUUCUAGCGUACUGACGGUAACCACGUACAGCGAUGUGAGAAAAAUAUUUCCUUUCUUGCAGAUUUCUUUUGUUUUUGACACUUAAAUGUUUCAGAUCAGCAGAACUGAGUAAAUACAAAAGGCAGUUUUCAAAUGAAAAUGAUUCCCCAAACCAACCAGGCCCUUUACUAACAAUGAUUAAUAACUGGCUGUAACCCGUCUUACAUCAACAACUGCAAUCAAGCAUUUGUGAAAACUGAUAAAUUCUCGUGCCACUGUGGGGGUGUUUGGCCCCCACACUGUAGAAUAGUUCUACUUCAGCCUGUUUAAAGGUCGAUACAAUACAUGUUUUUUAAGUACUUAACACAAAAUCCCUGUCCAAUAAAGCAAUCUCAGCAGUGUAAUUCUUGACAUUGUCAGUACCUUCAAGAAUGAGUCAUUUCAGGGCACUUGCACUGUAAAAACAAGCUGGAGCUGGCCACGCCCACCCAGCCACGCCCAUCCAUCCCUGUUCAGGCUGCUGUAAGCUGAGAAGCUUCAUAUCCAGGAGGGACUCUAAGUAGAGCCGCUGCUUCUCCAACAGCAGCUGUUCUACCCCAGAUGAGAAGUGGUUCUAUAGGUUCUCUAGUUUUGUGACAUCACAAACGGGGACUUUUUGAAACGGCUCAUUUUUAGGCAACAAACCCAAAUGCUGGCAGAAACCGGACGGAUGUUUUAAUCCAUCAUUUGAGUGUUUAGAGCAGAAGUGCAGAACCUAAUGGCAGCACAAAAGACACGCUUUACAUAUAAUGUCCCAUUUAAGGUCAAAUGUCAGACAUUUAGAGCAGAAUUCAGUUCCAUUAAUUUCAGCAAAUGUUUCAGGUCCUGAAGCAACAAAGCAGCCCCAGACCAUCCCACUACCACCACUGUGUCUGACUGUUGCAAUGACGUUUCUGAUAUGCUGUGUUGGUUUUAGUCCAGACGUGAUGAGACACAGUCUUCAAAAAGUUCCACUUUUGGCUCAUCACUGAAUAAUUCCUCGAAACUCUUUAAAUGUUGACGUGUUUCUUUUUGAGGCCAUUGAGUCUUCGUGUUAGACAGGUCCUGUUGAACUGAUUUAGUGACUUACAGAUCUGGGGAAGCUGAACUCAGCUUUCUGAGUAAGGUGGAUAAAUAAUAAGGGGAUUGAUUACUUUUUCCACAUGGAGUCAAGUUGGUUUGAUUUUUCUCUUAAUAAACUUCAUUUGAAAACUACAUUUUGUAUUUACUCAGGUCUGCUCUAAUAACCUUUUUUUUUUUUGCUGAUCUGAAUCGUAUAAAGUUUAAAAUAGUCUCUGAGGAGAAACGUUCUUUUUCACAGCACUGUAAAAUUGACUGAACAUUUUGUUUACAUCCAGGUUUUGAUUUUUGCCAAAUGCCUUUUUUCCUCUUUUGUUUUCCUUCGCCAUUUCAGCCAUCAGACCACAAGAGAAUGUACUGCAGCAGCCUGGUUAUUCCUUAGUUACAUUUCUAAAGGCGAUUUACAUAAAACUGGCUUAAAAAGCAGCAAGUGUAUAAUAUAAUUUUUUUGUUUUCAGUAGUAGCUGGUAACUGUAGACUGACCUGUUGUAACAAAAGUCCCUCAAAGAAACUCAUGAAGAGAUUUAAUCAUCGCUUGUAUCUGCUGAUAGAAGUACACUGUAAGAAAUGAAAUGUUGAAUAUACUUGUGUCAUCUGGUUCCAAUAAGCCUAGUUCCUACAUGUAAAGAGUAAUAUACAUUUACUUUUAUCAUACGGACAUGUAACUAUAUAGAUUACUCUUUACAUUUAAGCAAUUAGGUUUAGUGGAACCAGUUGACGAAACUUGGUUAAGUAAAUGCAACGUUUCAUUUUUAUACCGUGAUUUUAGGUGAGUCCCACUUUAAAUACGUGCAAAGGCUAGGAUGUCGUUAGUGUUAAAGGCUGGUGAGUAAUAUGCUAGUACUACUAAUAACUAACCUUUUCUUAGUUUAGAUGCAUUUGUUUACGUUUCUGUAAUUCAGCCUCUGCAGGAAGUUGUCCAAAUGUUUAAAAAGCAUUCGACCAAAUUGGUUUUGAUCCCCAAGAAAUAUGAAUGGUAUUAUUUAUAAUUAGAUAAAUGUCAGUCGUUUAUUCCCUGAUUUGUUUUAUUCCAAAACUAAUUUAUCUUUGGCUUUUUGACCCAAGUUUAAGGUGGCAGAGACCCCGCCUUUUGGUAUUUCAGGCAGGUGUGUAAGAUAUUGUUAAAAAGUAUUCACAGCAUUUUUAAAGCACUUUCAUGAUUCAUUUGGAUACGCAAAAUAAAUAAAUUAUUUUUUCCCC